CCACGAUCUGUUUCCAAUCUUUCUACUCCACAUGCCUUUCACCCCCCACCCCAACCACCCAUAUAUCAUAUUUAUAUAUAUACAUACACAGAUUAUCCCCAGCCCACCUUAACUAUUCAAUCCUAUAUUACCCUUCUCUCUUUCCUCUCUCUCUCUAAAUCUUGAGAUUCCAUUCGAUCUACACACAUACUAUAGUAGUGCAAAAAAUGUUGAGUAGUGAGAGUAGUCCAAUGUUGGACUGCCAUUCAAUUCUUAUGGAUAGGAAGUGGAAACACAACAUUGAGUUGGCUCCAAAUUGUCCUAGGUGUGCCUCCACCAACACCAAAUUCUGUUACUACAACAACUACAGCUUGUCCCAGCCUAGGUACUUCUGCAAAGGUUGCCGCAGGUAUUGGACUAAGGGCGGCUCCCUCCGCAACGUCCCUGUCGGCGGCGGAUGCCGCAAAACCCGCCGCUCUAAAUCCGCAAGACAAGCCGCCGAACAACACCGUUCCAAUGCCCACCACGCGCCUGCAGGCGCGUUGGACAACGGGUCGGCCGGCGCUGAAGAAAUUGAUAUGGCCGCGGUUUUUGCCAAGUACUUGAAUCAAGGCGAUCUUUCUCCCAGCGGCGCUACUAGCUCCACUUCUGCGUCAAUGGCGCUCAGCUCGUUGGACUCGGAAAGCCUAGUGGAUGAACUUCUGUUGUUGGAUUAUCAAGAAGACCCUUCUCCCCUGUUCUUGGAUCAAGCUGUUGAGCUACAGGAAUCCAGCCCUCAAGCCUCCAUCAACGUUCAAGAACAUCUUCUUGAUUACAACCAGAGCGCACUCGACUUGCAAGCGCUUCUUGAGGACGAUCAGUGGCCCAAUUUUGCAUGGCAACAACCCAUGAUUCAACAGCAAGAUCUCGGGACAUUCUUCGGAGAUAAUGAUCUUGUUUAUCCGACCAAAGCUUCGACAACUCUACCUAACAACGAUGUCUGGGGAUCAUUUGAUCUGUCUGGUUGUGAAAUUUUACCCAGACCUUGAAGCCUAGCUAGUUGGGGUGGUGAAAUGGUAAUUCUCAUACAGAGUAAUUAUUUAUAUAUAUAUAUAUAUUAUAAUUUAAUAUUUUUAUUUUUAUUUUUUACUUUUUCUGUGCCCACUUCCUACUUUCUUGAAAAUGGCAGUUAAUUAGCUGUCACAUAAGUACUAGUACUAGGAAAAGACAUUUGAUGAAAUACGCAUACCACAUUGAGAAAAAUGAAGAAAUUAUGUAAUGACACAGUUGAGAUCUUCUUUCUUUGGCUGCAAAAUAUCAAGUACUACUGUAGUUAA